GUCCGGGCAGGAUUCAGACUUUGACUGUCUUGGAAUAGGGAGAAGAAGAAGAAGAAGAGAGAAAAAAGCUUUGUUGUAGCCGUGAUCUCCAAACUGGGAAGGGAUUUGGGGGUUGAUUCUCGCGGAGGGGAAGCAGAGAUUUGCUUGUGAUGCAUUGCUGCUUGAGCGAGAGGCAGGGCCGUGGAUAGCGCCAUCCAGCCACACUGAUUCUCACUGCCUCUCCAAGUCACUUUCACCAGACUGGAUUUCUCAAGCGACCUACAAAAUCGCACUCCUGCAACAUCCAGGUAGCCUUAGCUAGUUCAAGAUGAAGAGGAAAUUCAAGUUCAUAGAUUGUCUCUGGGCCUGCACCAUUGUGUUAAACCUAUUAAGUGAAAUAAGAUGUGGACAAAGCAAACAAGAUGAGAUUAGAGACAAUACAACUAUAUUCACAAGAAUUCUGGACCGUCUUCUUGAUGGCUAUGAUAACCGCCUAAGACCAGGACUGGGAGAGCGUGUAACUGAAGUGAACACGGAUAUCUUUGUCACCAGCUUUGGACCCGUUUCUGAUCAUGAUAUGGAAUACACAAUCGAUGUAUUUUUUCGUCAAGGAUGGAGGGAUGAAAGAUUGAAAUUCAAGGGUCCCAUGACUGUUCUCCGCCUGAACAACUUAAUGGCCAGUAAAAUAUGGACACCAGAUACUUUUUUUCACAAUGGAAAAAAAUCUGUGGCGCACAACAUGACCAUGCCAAACAAACUGCUCCGGAUAACAGAGGAUGGGACUCUUUUGUAUACAAUGCGACUAACUGUACGAGCAGAAUGCCCCAUGCAUUUAGAAGAUUUUCCAAUGGAUGCACAUGCUUGCCCCUUGAAAUUUGGAAGCUAUGCCUAUACAAGAGCAGAAGUGGUGUAUUCUUGGACCAGGGAACCAGCUCAGUCUGUUGUUGUAGCUGAAGAUGGCUCUCGUUUGAAUCAGUAUGACCUUCUUGGUCAAACAGUGGCAUCUGGAAUUGUCCAGUCAAGUACAGGUGAAUAUAUUGUUAUGACAACUCACUUCCACUUGAAAAGGAAGAUUGGUUAUUUUGUCAUUCAGACCUACUUACCAUGUAUCAUGACCGUCAUUUUAUCUCAGGUUUCUUUCUGGCUCAAUAGAGAGUCUGUUCCUGCAAGGACUGUAUUUGGUGUUACAACUGUCCUUACCAUGACAACGCUGAGUAUUAGUGCCCGAAAUUCACUACCAAAAGUAGCAUAUGCCACUGCCAUGGACUGGUUUAUUGCAGUAUGUUAUGCUUUUGUCUUCUCUGCCCUGAUCGAGUUUGCAACUGUGAAUUACUUUACAAAAAGAGGAUACGCAUGGGAUGGAAAAAGUGUUGUUCCACAAAAGCCAAAAAAGGUAAAGGACCCUCUUAUUAAGAAAAACAACACAUAUGCUUCUGCAACUGCAAACUAUCCUCCUACUAUACCUCGGGAUCCUGGUCUGGCAACCAUCGCCAAAAGUGCAACCAUAGAACCGAAAGAUAUUGAGCCAAAACCAAAGCCAGCAGAAACAAAGAAAACUUUCAACAGCGUUAGCAAAAUUGACCGGCUAUCAAGAAUAGCAUUUCCUCUUCUUUUUGGAAUCUUUAACUUAGUUUACUGGGCAACAUACCUAAACCGGGAGCCAGCAAUUAAACCUUCAAAUCCACCUAAAUAAUCUAUCAACUCACAUGUUUAUGUUCUGUCUUUUGCACUGGGAAUCACUUCCGGUAGCUAAAAUGGAAUGAUUCCCAUUUGCCAUAUUGCCUCUGUCUUAAGGAUAUUGAAGGUUUGCUUAAGAAAUGUGACAAGAAAGAGGAGACCUAUGCUUGAUGCCACGGUUCAAAUAUGGCAAAUUUACAGAAUAGAGGGCAUCUUUGAAUUGUAUUUCUGAGCUGGAAUGUGAAAGCUAGGUCUCAAGAUAAGAGCCAAUUAAAAGCAUGUUCCUGAAAUACCUAGCAGUUAGAAAUGCGUCCAGUACCAUAUAAACAGUCUAUAGUUUGCAGGGAUUUGUGUUAAAAUCUUAAUAAAUUGAAUUAAAAUUGUAGUAUUGUAAAUACAGGUUCUCCUCAUAUAUGAUCUCAGAGAAAACAUAACACACGUCCUUCAAGAUGAUUCUGAAACCAUAAUAAUGAAAGCAGAAAAUCAAAAUCAAGUAUAGAAAUCUAUUCUUGAAUACAUAUAGUUUUUUUCUUUGACAUAAAUGCAGUUACUGAGUUGCUAUGAAUGAAAUGAAACCAUGGAUAGAUAUUCCUGAUUUCAGACUGUUGGCUUGGUCUGCUUUCCUGGGCAGAAAAAAAUUAAGAGGAAUACUUAUCAAGUAUUUGUAAAAGGUUUUGUACUUUGAGAAAAGCAAAGUUGUUGGAACAGAGUAUAUAUGCCAGCUUCUACUGUAACUGAAAGUGGUAUACAUAUCACAAAAGUAGAGGUAAUGCUACAUUUUCUUAUCUCAUGAAAUGUUUUUAUAGGAUAUACAAAAAUGGUGCAUAGGCUAAAUAGAAAUGUAGUCAUCAUAUUAUCAUGCUAUAUGGGUGUAUGUAAAAAUUAUAGUCUAUAGUCUUGAUAUGUCUAUUGAUUUAAAUAUACCCAUUUCACAAGACGGAUGAUAGUUGAGAAAUUUGAGUUCCUUCUUACUCUGGAAGACAACACUGACACUAUUUGCCUAGUCAGUUCUCUGUUUGUCAUUUGUUGAAAGCACAGAAUAAGCAAAAUCAGUUUUCACUUAAUUCUCUUAAUAUUAUGCUGAAACACAAGCCACAUUUCCUCCAGCCCAAUCAGAAGUUGUGCAAUUAUUAUAAUGAAAGCAAAUGUAAAACUGAUAGCUAAUGAAUGCUUCACUAGUGCAAACUUCACUCAUGUUUAUGCACAACUAGAUACAUUAUUAAUCAUUUCGAUUUUAGAAUAUUAGAGAAGGCAACUGUUCAAUUUGAGUGUUUUUGCAGUGGGAAGAAAUAGCUGAAGCAGGUAUAUAUUGAAUGAGAAAAAGUAAAGCAAACGUAUUCUAAUGAAGAACUAAGGGCCUUUCAGCUUUUUUUUACAUUCAGAGGGAGAAAAAGCUGGAAGGCCCCUGGUUCUUCAUUUAAAGCUGUAUUUUAUCAAGAGCUGUAGGUACAUAGAUUCCAUAACUUUGCUAUAGAAUAUAUAGUUAUAUGUUAUGUUUAAGUUAUAAACAUAUUCCCAUUAAACAAUAUUAUAGCAAUUGAGAUAUAUAAUGUAAAAUGUAAACAUUUUGGGUAACUAAUUAAAGUAAGAUAGAGAAAGUAAACCUGUUCUCUACUACAUCAUACUUGUGUAGAAGGAAACUUAUCUUCAUUAUGUUCUGCUGUUCCACGUAUGCCCCAUUGUCCCAUAUAAAUAUAAUAAUCAUUGUUUUAUUAAAAUUUGAAGAAGUAGUUUAGACCAACUUUGUUAUUAAAAUGUAUCCACAUAGAAAACAACUGCAUUGAAAUGUAUACAUUGGAACUGAUGUAAAUGGCCAGCAAUUGACCCUGCUUUCCCAUCAACUGAGUACUUACCAAUUGCCCAUCUACACUGAUCUACUGUAGAUCAUUAAAGGGGUACUAUACCAAAAAAUAAUGUAUUAUUGCUCAGAGUAGUCUGCUAAGCUAUUAUCAGGUUUACAUUAUUAUUUUUUGUUUGUUUGUUUUCAAAAUGUAUUACUCAUCUCACAAUGAGCUAUAAAACCAUGCAGAGAAGUCAUGGGACCCUUCCAACUUCUGUACAUAUUAACCACCCCAUAUUAACCACAUAUGAGAAAACUACUCUUAGCAGUUUUACAUUAAUUUGGGCAUGUAUAGUUUCCCUUUAAUAUUUUUGGUUUCUGGGGUUCAACUGCAGGGCAGUAAACCAAUAAACUUGAGAUACAUACUAUUCACUGAUGGUUAAGGAUAUAAAAUGGAGUUGAGUAAGUUUAAGGACUCCUUACUUACUCCUUACUGUUCUUGGUCAUUUAGGGGAAAAGUUUCUCCAGUUUUGUUAUUUUCAGCUCUCUGUAUUUUAAGUAUUUUUCUAUCAUCAACAAAGUUCUGUUUUGAAACAUAAAUGUUACCAUUACAGCCACAUAAAUCAGCAUAACAGCUAUCACUGUAUAAUAAGCAAAAUAUGUAAUCAGUAUCUAAUUGUUAAAUGACCCUCUGGGCAAUUUAUUAGAUUCAUUUUCUUUACAUUUCUUUAACAUCAUUGUGUCAAAUAUCUGCUUUCUAUCUCCCUGCCAUGUAUCUGCUAGAAGAAUGUAGUUCAGCAGUAGCUUGAGAUUUGUGUGGACUAUUGUGUGCUCCUGGAACCAUCUUAAUUAAAUAUGGAAGCUCAGAUUCUAAUUUCCAAAUUGU